AGAAGAAUCACCAUCAGAAACAUCACCGACAGAGGCACCGCUAACUGACGAAUCGCCAACAGAACCAUCUGCAAGAGAAGGAUCGUCAACAGGAGAAUCUCCACCAGAAACAUCAUCAACAGAGGCGGCGCCAACCGAAGAAUCGCGAACGGAAACAUCUGCAGCAGAAGCAUCGUCACCUGAGGCGACUCCGACACAGGCACCGGUAGCAGAAGAAUCUUCAACAGAAGUAUCGCAAUCUGAAACGACUCCGACACAGGCACCGGUAGCAGUAGAAUCUCCAACAGAAUUAUCGCAACCUGAAACGACUCCGACGCAGGCACCGGUAACAGAAGAAUCUCCAACAGAAACAUCUCCGGCAGAAGAAUCACCAUCAGAAACAUCACCGACAGAGGCACCGCUAACUGUCGAAUCGCAGACAGAAACAUCGCCAUCUGAACGGUCUACAACAGAUGCAGCACCAACAAAUGAAUCCCGAAGAGAAACAUCUGCAACGGAAGGAUCGCCAACAGGAGAAUCUCAACCAGAAACAUCACCAACAGAGGCACCGGUAACCGUAGAAUCGCCAACAGAAACAUCUCCAGCAGAAGCAUCGCCACCUGAAAGCUUUCCAACAGAGGCACCAGUAACAGACGAAACGCGAACAGAAACGCUUCCAAUGUCUACUUCUAAUUCGGGAACAUAG